CCGCAACCUGGACACGCAAACCUCUAGAACAAACAACGACGACGGUGCUACGGAGGAUCGAUAACUAGGGUUAAACCCACUCGUUUUUUCUUUCCAGCAGGGCAUCAACUUCCAACACCUGGUAAUCCGUUCUCUGUAAACACUUCUUGAACUACAGUUUCAGAGAGUUACUGCUCGCUACCGCCCUCGAGCUCGGCCGAGCUCAUCACUGAACGAGUUUCCUUAUCGUCGAUCCUUCACAGCAACAUUUCUCAUGCGUUCAUAAGUUUUCACUCUUUUUUUCUUUCUCCAACCCACACGGCCACCGCCCGCGACAUCUUUUUUUUUUUUCGAUCUUUUUUUUUUUCUUUUUUCCCCUCCAAGCCCAGGAACGUACCGCCUAUAUGCGUCUGGAGUUACCGAUCCAAACAUUGUGAUUUUCUUUCGUUCUUGAUCCUGCAAGCCAACACAAACUCCUCACCAUCCCACUACUCAAUCAGAUCAGAGUAUCUGUCUCAAAAUUAGAGAAUUUUGUUCUCUAAAUCCCUAGGUUUGGUACCUCAGCGAGGGACAUUCCACCCGUGUGUAUGACCAAAAAAGCGAUCUCCUCAAUCCGCCAAUAGACUGUUCUGGAUUUCUGCGCGGACUCGGUCGACUUCCGAGUCUUAAAAACCUGUUACUACUGCUACUAUACUACAUUCAUCUAUACUUUAAUCCUUAAAGCAACAGACCAAUCGCCAAUCACCACCACUCACCCCUCAAAUCCAAUCGACCUACUUGAAUUACCAAUGGAGUGCAUGAGAAAUUCGUUCCAGGAGGGUGUCCUUCUUGAUGGGCGUUUCAAGUCGGUUAGGCUCCUCAACCAUGGCUCAUUCGGAAUGGUCUCCUUGGCCAAGGACAUCCACUCUGGGGAGAUGGUUGCCAUCAAGUGCCUUACUAAGGCCAACUCGGCAGCGGCAGCAACCACCGAGUUUGCUAUUGAUGAGCUUUCCCAGGAGUACGAGUUCCAUUCCCGAGUCGGCAACCACCCAAGCAUCGUCAACCUAAUUCAUUCCUUUGAGACCGAAAGCCAUAUUUUUCUCGUGCUUGAAUAUUGCCCUAAUGGUGAUCUCUACGAGGCCAUCCGUCUUGGACGUGGCCCCUUGGAGACCGAACAUGUCAGAGACUUCAUGUUGCAGCUGGUGGCUGCUGUGGAGCACAUGCAUUCCAAGGGUGUCUACCAUCGCGACAUUAAGCCUGAGAAUAUCUUCUUGAGCCAAUUUGGACUGAUGAAACUGGGUGAUUUCGGCUUGGCAACCAUGGAUGAGUGGACUGAUGAGUCAGCUGUUGGAAGCGACCGUUACAUGGCACCGGAACAGUAUGACUCAGUUGGCGGAUAUUCGCCUGAGAAGGCGGAUAUCUGGGCUGUAGGAAUCUGUCUUUUGAAUGUUCUCUUUGCCCGCAACCCGUUCGUUGUGCCCGCCGGAAGUGACCCCUUAUUUGCCGAUUACGUUUUGGAUCGGGAGUCCCUUUUCGAUAUUUUCCCGACCUUGUCAUAUGAUACCUAUGACGUCCUUUCUUAUUGUUUGGCCCUGGACCCUAAAAAACGUUCGCUUGCUGGUGUUCGUGAUGCCAUUGAGCGAGUUGUGUAUUGGACUACAGAUGAAGAGGGUUUGGAUGAUGACUUCUGCACUGAAGAUAGAGAAGUCGUUCCCGCCCCCGCCAACCGCGAACCGCUUCGCACUCCAUCUAUUCAGAGUCCUCAAAUUGCCCAGGGCGGUUCUUUCCCGUGGGCCCAAGCCCUUCACAUGACACCUCAGCCCCGUCAACUUUCCAUCGUUCAUGAUCAGGAGGAGCCGGUCAUCUACAGCGAGGGUAUGUUUGCCAAUGAUCCUGAUCGUUAUGCAAAGGAUAUGGGCUACUACGUUCAUGUUACUCCAUCGCUCGAUUCCGGUCUUGGUGCUUCUUUCACGGCCAUGGAAAACCACUUCAAGCUUCGAACCGAAAAGAUUCCAAUCAAGCCACCUGCUGUGACCAAAGAAGCGGAUGCUUUUGGUAUGCACUUCCAGCAGAGCGAGUGCGUCUCUAAGUCUUGGAGUGAUUGGGUUAUCGAAGACGAGGAGGAGGAAGAACGUGAGCGUGCUGAACGGGAGAAGGAACUCAAGCGUAGAAGCUGGAGUUACGAAUCCGAUCACGGGUAUGCUGAUGACGAUGGGUACGAUGUUGAGUGGGUCGGAGGGGGGUGGGAAGAUCUGGCGGUCUAAUUUCUUCCUUUCACCUUGGUAUUGAGUUCCCGAGUCCGCCGCUGGGCUGGAUCAAUUUUUGCUACGUUUAUUAUUAUUUUUUGAUUCCAGGCAUUAUGGUGGGACAUGGUGACCGUGAGCGAAGGUGUUAGAGCAUUCCUGCUUGAGAAGAGUUUUUUUUUUUUUUUGUUUGCCUAACCUGUGGUUGUGGGGUUUAUGUCGGGUUGACAAACAUUUUGUAACUAUUGGGAUUUGUUCCCGGCAUAUUCGAAAUACCCUGACUUUAUAUACGGGUUUUCUUGC